AUGAAUAGCAAUUCCUUUUUGGGCUUUAACAAUCCUUCAAAGUCUUCGUCCAACCAAGGUCUCAACCAGGGUCUCAAUCAACCCAUCCAACCCAUCCAAUCAGGUCAAUCCUCUUCUCAGCCCACUGUUCAGACCAUCGGCGAAAAACCGAAGACCAUCCAUGUCGCCCACAGACGUUCGCCUAGUGAACUCACCACCUUGAUGCUGGAACAGCUCAAUCUUCAACGUCAAUUGGAAGUUGUUCAGGCACAGCAACAGCAGAUUAUGAAACAACAGCAGCAGCUUACUGAACAAGCGGGUUCGGCUACUUUGGGUCUGCAGUCUCUUUCCCUUUCACCCAAUUCCCCUUCAAGCAAUCAACUUGGCCAGCAGCAGCAGCAACUACAGCAACUACAACAGCAGCAAUUACAGCAACAACAACCACAACCACAUCAUCGUCGUUCGUCCAGCUCAAAUACGCUGCCUCCAGACCCCGACAACCUUUCUUACUCAUCUCGGUACCAUCGUCGGACUCAGUCUUCUGUCUCUGCAUAUCACCAGCAACAGCAACAACAACAGCAGCAGCAACAGCAGCAAAGCAAGUUGGACUCUCGUCCUCAAGCACUAGGGCAUUCUCGAAGACACUCUUUAGGUCUAUCAGAGGCUCGACGUGCAGCAGCAGAGGCACAAGCUCAAAGAGUACAUUCUCCUUCUAAGUUGGGAUCGCAGACAAAUACUCAGACAAUCACUUCUUAUGCCAGUGCUGCUGCUCAGCUGCCGGCACCUCCUGCUCUCACGGUGACACCGUCUCUUGCACCGUCUCUUGCACCGCCUCCUCCUGGUUUAGCACCACCUUCUUUCAAAUUUCCUCCUUCUCCUGGUCGUUUGGAUCUUGAAGUAAACAAUCCAAUAACAGACGCUGUUCGUGGCUCUCAGUAUACCCACGGUAGAUCUCAAUCCAGCCUGCUUCCAGGCACAACUGCAUCACCCCAGCGCGGAUUCCAAUUUCCUCCUCGCGAGGAUACACUCACUCCUCCUCAACCAGCAUUUUCCGAUCGCUUCAGAACAAGCCCAAGUCACAGAAGCACUGGCUCUGAUAGUAGCAAUUGGAGAAGUGCACAGUCUUCUCCAUUUACACCCGGACAUAACAGAAAACAAGGCUCUUACGGUGGAUCUACAUCGUCCUUAUCCCAAUUUCAAAAUGGUCAACGGAAGUCUCUGUUUGCUCCCUAUUUACCUCAAUCUACUCUUCCAGAACUAAUUGGAGAAGGAAGAUUGGUCACUGGUAUAUUACGUGUCAACAAGAAGAACCGUAGUGAUGCAUACGUUUCCACAGACGGUAUGUUAGAUGCUGAUAUCUUUAUUUGUGGUUCAAAGGAUAGAAACAGAGCACUUGAAGGCGAUCUGGUGGCCGUAGAAUUGCUUGUUGUUGAUGAAGUGUGGUCUUCAAAACGUGAAAAGGAAGAGAAAAAACGUCGUAAGGAUCGAAUUACCACUUCUAAUGCCAACAACGAUGUUCAUAAUGAUGCCAGCACAGGAGAGUCUGGAUUUUUGAAUCGUCGCGGAUCACUCAAACAACGUCCUACUCAAAAGAAGAAUGAUGACGUUGAGGUCGAGGGCCAAUCGCUUUUACUAGUGGAAGAAGAACAGAUUAAUGAUAAUCAAAAACCUCUCUUUGCUGGCCAUAUCGUUGCCGUUAUUGAUAGAAUUCCGGGACAACUGUUUUCGGGUACGCUAGGUUUAUUAAGACCUUCUCAGGCUUCCAAAGACAACAAGAAGGGUAAAGAUAACAGCAACAAUAUCAACAACAACAAUAAUAAUCAUCGGCCAAAAAUUGUUUGGUUCAAGCCAACCGAUAAAAAGGUGCCACUUAUUGCCAUUCCAACGGAACAGGCACCAAAGGAUUUUGUUGAAAAUCACGACAAGUAUGGUGAUCAAAUAUUUGUCGCAUCCAUCAAGCGCUGGCCAAUUACCUCUCUACAUCCAUUUGGUACUCUAGUUUCUCAACUCGGAUGUAUGGAGGAACCGAAUGUUGAAGUGACCAGUAUUUUGCGUGAUAACAACUUCCAAGGAGAUGAGUACUUAGAAAAGCCACUAGAGAGAUAUCUAAAUGAUUUACCUUCCGUUCAGGAAGGUAUUCCUGGCAGAAGAGAUCUUAGCGGGGAGUACGUCCUUGCGUUUAGCGAAAAUGGCACUGUUUCUGACCAUGCCAUGCAUGUGAAGGUGGUGUCCAGUACUCGAAUUGAACUGGGUAUCCACAUCGCUGAUGUCACUUACUUCAUUAGACGUGACUCCUCUUUGGACAAGCGUGCACGGAAACGGUCUCACGGCGUAACGCUUCCUCAGAAAACUGUUGGGCUUUUGCCCGAACCGGUUGCCGAGGCCAUCUCUUUCCAUGUUAAUCAGCCUUGUCUAGCGCUCAGUGUGGUGUUUGAAGUUGAUUCCGCUACUUUUGAAGUUGCUGAUGUGUGGAUGGGUGAAACCGUGGUGAGACCAGCACAAAGGGUCAGCUACGAAACUGUCAGUACUCUUCUCCAAUCGGGCUCUUCUGCAGCCGACUCUGCUACCGCUGGUUACGUCGCCACUUUGGAACUAAUAGCUGCGAGAUUGCGCAAGAAACGAUUGGGAAAUCCUGAUUUAGAUCCUCGGAGCUCUACUUCGUUGCUUGACCAGUUGGAUGAUGAAAGAGUACGCCCUACUCUUAACAUCUAUGACUCUGAGCCAGCUGAGACUCUCGUGUCUGAAAUUUUCCAUGCUGUGAACUCUGCCGUCGCCCAGAAGAUUCAUUCGGGACUUGGCUCUAGAUCAUUACUUCGCCGUUAUCCAAUGCCAACCCUUUCCAAAUUUGAAGUUCAUCUGGCCAAGAUUGAGAGGCUGGGUGUUAAGCUGGACACCUCCAAUGCCGCUACGUUCCAGAAUUCUGUUCUAAGCAUUACCGACCCUGUGAAGCGUGCUGCGGUGCAGACAAUUCUUGUCAAGUGCAUGCCACGUGGUAGAUACAUUGUGGCAGGCCGUGCACAGCAGAAUCUGGGUCACUAUUUGUUUAAUACCCCUACUUACACUCACUUUACCUCGCCAUUGCGUCGUUACACUGAUUUUGUCGUUCACAGACAACUUAAGACAGUAAUUUCAGGCUCUGUGGAUCAGUAUCCUGAGACCGAAGAGUCUCUUAAGGUGACUUGUGACUACUGCAACUUCAAAAAGGAUUGUGCUCGUGCUGCACAGGAUCAAGCAGUUCACCUUUUACUUUGCCAGACUGUCAAUGACAUGUCCCGUGAAACAGGCCAGGUUCUAUGUACAGGAGUUGUUUUGCAAGUGUAUGAGUCGUCAUUUGAUGUGUAUCUUCCAGAAUUCGGCAUAGAGAAGCGAGUCCAUGGUGACCAGCUUCCUGUGCGUAAAGCUGAAUUUAACAAGGGUGAAAGAGUGCUCGAAUUGUAUUGGGAGCCAGGUGUUGAUGCUGCUACGUACGUUCCAGAGGACGAGAAUGAUGCCCUAUCGUAUAGAGCCUCGAUCAGAAACAAAUAUCGUGCCCCCGCUGUAGAUGCGGCUUCUCAUCAGGCCAAUAAUAAUUAUCUUCUAAGCUCGCAGAUGACGGCCAGAUUGCAGAGCAUGCACCUUAAACCUCCUAUGUUGAAUUUAGCUCCUAAGGACAAUACAGACAGCUAUUUGGAUGCCUUUUUGCGCAUGUGCGUGACGAGAGUGGAAGGAGACAACCACAUUCAGGAAGUUCGGGUUCUGCAGCAUAUUCCAGUACUAUUACGAUCGGAAAUUGGUAUGGCUUUGCCAUGCUUGACUGUUAGAACGUUGAACCCAUUCUGA